GAAGCAAUUCCAGUUUUCUGCAAAGUCUGAGUAUUUAUGUUAUCUGACUGAACUGACAUCUUGACACCAAAGAUGCUGACAAGGAAGAUUAAGCUUUGGGACAUUAAUGCCCAUAUAACCUGUCGUCUGUGCAAUGGAUACCUGAUCGAUGCUACUACUGUAACAGAAUGCUUACAUACUUUCUGUAGAAGCUGCCUAGUGAAAUAUUUGGAGGAAAACAACACCUGUCCAACCUGUAGGAUUGUUAUACAUCAGAGCCACCCAUUACAGUAUAUUGGUCAUGACAGAACAAUGCAAGAUAUUGUUUACAAACUUGUGCCAGGCCUCCAAGAAGCGGAAAUGAAAAAGCAAAGGGAGUUUUAUCACAAACUGGGCAUGGAAGUUCCAGGGGACAUCAAAGGGGAGACAUGUUCUGCCAAACAGCACCUAGAUUCUCAUCGAAAUGGUGAAGCUAAAGCAGAUGAAAAUAUAAAUAAAGAAACUUCGGAGGAAAAACAGGAAGAAGAUAAUGACUACCACCGAAGUGAUGAACAGGUAAGCAUCUGCUUGGAGUGCAAUAGCAGCAAACUGCGUGGAUUGAAACGAAAAUGGAUCCGUUGCUCUGCACAAGCAACAGUCUUGCAUUUAAAGAAGUUCAUUGCCAAAAAACUCAACCUUUCUUCUUUUAAUGAGCUGGAUAUAUUAUGCAAUGAAGAGAUUCUUGGCAAGGACCACACGCUCAAGUUUGUAGUUGUUACUAGAUGGAGAUUUAAGAAAGCACCUCUACUGCUACAUUAUAGACCCAAAAUGGACUUGCUGUAAGGGAACUUUACUGUCCUUCUGGACAGAGCUUUUUGCAGAGACUAUCAUCUGGCACCUUCUUAGUGCAUCACUAAUCACAUGACACAAACCAGCUGAAUAAUUUUGGAAGACUGGAGGGCUUUCAUAGUGGACUGUCCUGAAUAUUUCUUCUAGGGAUGUGUUACCUAGACUUCUGGGCAGACAAUAUUUGUACUUUUUUUGUACGGAAGAAAGAAGUUUCAACUCAGCAAGACACUACCAGCAUUAAGUUUACAGAUACUGAAAACACUUCACAGUUCCAUGUAGCUCAGCCUGAUUUGUCUCUUACAGUUACACACAAAAAAAAAAAAAAAAGUGUUGUGGGGUGAUAUAAAUAUGUUGCUUUUGACACCAAGUUGCAUUUAGUUACUUCUCGCAUUCUAAAUCUUUAAAAACUAUAUUUUUGCAAAGUGUUAUUGUCUUAUAUGGUAUGCCUGAUUGCAUUGGCUUUAUUCAAGUUAUUCUGUAGAACAUUGAACAUGCCUGAUAAUACAGUGACUGAUGAUAACUUAUUACACUGCAUUGAAAACUUAAGAAAAUCUGGGAAACCAAUAAAUUUGUCAUUUUUGCCCAGUUAUUGCUCUCUCUCUCUCUCACCUUGUGUUUUAAUAAAGUUUUGAUACUUCUGUAUAUGUGUUAAUUUGGUAAGACUAAUAGAAAUAAUUUCAGUUGAUUAUGUGCCGUGAUAUAUAUUUUGCUAUGGUAUAAAUUGCACCACGUAAUGACAAAUACUCACAAGUGCUAGAUUUGUGAAUUUCUUAAAAAUAAACAUUUCUUAUGUAUUUGUGGCUUGCAGAAAUCAGUUUUUAAUUUAGAG